GUUGAAAUAAAUCAUCGUUAUAAUCUAAAUUAAAUCUAACCUUGGAUUUUAUUUGAGCCCCUGGAGGAUGUAACGUUCAGAGUAUAAAUAACACUCGCAAUAAAGGACAGUUUUAUCGUGACAAAAUGAAGCACAGCAACGGAGUUUCUGGGUGGAUCAUAUUACUGAUGUUAGUAAUGGUGCAGGAAAGAAUUGCUAUGACUAUGGAGGAUAGAGGAAGAAAGUUGCAGAGUUUUCCGGGAAUAUGUAUGGAUUGUGGGUAUUUUAUUCCCAACAUGCACUGCGAUCUCUCGGUACCUUGUACCAAAGACACUUGUCGGAAGGAAUGUGUUUCUGAUGGCCCAAUGGUCAGUGAUGAAAAUCGACCGUCAGAGUGCGACAUGUCUCAAAACAAGAAUCCGGCGGAAUAUGAAUGCUGGUGGGAUGACGCAUGCGCUGACAAUGAGCGUUGUUGCAUCACCGAUACCGGAAGUUAUUGCAGUUCUUAAAUUUCGAGCUAUGGUCUGUAAAGUCUGUAAAUAAACAUAUUUUCUUGAUUUCUUGUUAAUAAACUAUAAAAUAGUUACAAUAA